AUGAACAAAUUCAAAAAUAACAAGCAGUUUAUCGCCCGUGGCAGAUUUUCCCGGAUUUACCGUGCUGAUCCUAUUGAUGGAUCUCGAGCUGUUGCACUCAAGGUCACGUAUCCUGAUGACGAACGCGCUCCACACAAUUCCCGUGCAGAGCUAAAGCUGCUACGGAACCUUGCGACACCCAAUUCAUCAAACGUCAUUACUGUUCAAGACGGGUUUUCUGACCAUGAUGAGGACGGAGAACCUAUAUUAAUACAGGUUUUGCCGCUUUUGGAGUACACACUAGGAGCCGUUUUGGCGGCACAUCGGAAACCCGUUGUAGGAUUGUGGGGGUCUGAGUCGUCUUCUUCAUCUUCGUCGGCUUCGUUAGUAAGCGGAUGGAAGAACCGGUUACCUGGGGAUUUUGCGUUAGACAUUUUGCAAGGUCUUUUUUCUGGGCUGGCGUAUAUUCAUUCACAGGGCAUCAUUCACCGGGACAUUAAACCGGAUAACUUGUUGUUUAUAGCAACAGACAGAAAUGCUAGUGGUGGUGGUGGUGUUGAUAGUAGUAAUAGCAGCAGUGAAUGGCCGCGUGUGGUAAUUGCUGAUUUUGGAAUUGCCUGGACCCCUCCGGAUAAUCACGGGAAAGAGCCUGCUCAGAAUAAGGUGACAGAUGUUGGGACUGGAGUGUUUCGUUCUCCACAGCUUUUAUUUGGCCAAGCAUCUUAUGGAUUUGAUGUGGACGUGUGGGCUGCUGCAUGUGUUGGAGCGCAGUUGUAUUCUAUAGAUGGUUUGCCAUUGUUUGCAAAUCGUGAAGAGUCUGAUGGUGGUAGUGGUGGUGGUGGUGGUGGAGAGUACCGGUCUGAUUUGGCUUUGAUUGCUUGUAUUUUCGAGACUUUGGGCGCACCUACGGCUGACUCAUGGCCCGAGGGCCAGACAAUUGAUAGUCUUAUGCACAUGGACUUUUCACGGUUGCCAGUUCCUAAACCUUUUAGCACGUUUGUACCAAGAGCACCCAAAACAAUUGCACAGCGGAUCCGGGCAGGGCUUGAGUAUUCACCUGCUGUGCGGCCCUCAAGUAAACAAUUUUUUUCAUAA